UUUAGAUCUCUCUAACGCUAUGAGUACUAUACUAACGGGUCGAGCGCGUGUUGUAUAUGUUGGCGAUGAAUUCAUUCAUUUGUCGAAAGGUGGUUUGGAUGGUAAAAUUGUUGCAUUUAAGGAUUCAUGGCUUGCAAAUAGCUAUGAUUUGCAGGAUUGGGUUACUUUCAAAGCGAAAUCAUAUGAAGCCGAACCUCCUCAUUGCAAUUUUGGUGUUCGCUUUAAAGCUCUAGCGAAAAGUGUCAAAUUUGAAUCAAAAGCUGUUAUGUCGGAAGGUAUUGGAAUAUUUUUCAAAGUAGAUGAACAUCAGGGUCAAUAUGGUUUUAUUACGACAAAUGAUGGUAAUACUGUUUAUUUUACCGCAAGUGUUGUUCGCCCUGAAACACAAGAUAUUCGUAGCGCAUUUAAAACUGGCGUACAAAUAAGAUAUAAGGCAAUUGAGCAGAAGCAAAAUAAUUGUCGUUGGAGGGCAAUUGCUGUUUGUAACAAAAAUGUUACAUUUGAGAGCUUUUCAUCACGGCAACAAAAACCUAUUGAAUCAUCAAAUAACAAACAGGUUACUGCAACUGUUAUAAAAAAGACAUCGCAAAACUCUACACCAACAGUAAAUAUUGUGGCGAAGCAUGUUGCAAACAAUGAUUUACAUCCUAAUGGCCUGCAAACUACGACAUGGGCAACGACUAAUUUGACCCAGAAUAAUAAUAUGCAGUCGACGAAACAAAUAAAUCCAGCUGUUGAUUCACGUUCGAGCUCUGUUUCUCUUUCCGAAACUUCGGUUGCUAUAGGCUCGAAUCGGUUAUCAUCUACUUCUCUUUUAACAGCAAAUGCUUUACCACCAUCAGCUACAUUUGCUGAAUCAACUGGAACUGGCGAUGCUUACGAAGAUGCUGUCCGACUCAUGGCAUAUUUUAGGCAUUUAGUAACUGAAUGUACAUGUCAGUCAUGUGUUUUACGUUAAUGAUCUCUUUCUGGUUGAUUCGUAAUUUAUCUAACUUUAGCUCUAUUAUGCAUUUAAUGCAAUGAAAUAUACAAUCGAUACU